UGUACUUGCCUUCCCGUCGCUCUCCAGUCUCCACCCUCCUCCAGCCGUUCGAAGCGAAGAGUGUGUUGGCAGCUUUGGCGAUGGUGCACAAUCGGAUAAUUAAAAUUCGUGGCUUCUAAGCGACAAGAUGAGCGCGGCAUGCAUUGACGACCUUCCGGAAGUUGUGCUGGAGUACAUAUUCUGCUACCUUUCGCCGUACAGAGACUUCAAGUCGUGUAGACUAGUCAACAAAGCUUGGUACGCUCACGCCAGAGCGGCAGAACGCAAGCUACGCCGGGACUUCCUGAAUUCGGUGUCGCUCCAAAAUGUUGUCUGGUGCCAAAAGCCAACAGAGUCGGGGCCUACCAUUUCGAAGCGCUACUCGCACAGCGCAUGUGUGCUUGGGGACUCGAUGUACGUUUUCGGUGGUUGUACGACAGCAAAUACAACUUUCAACGACCUUUGGCGCCUUGACCUGUCUACCCGGAGGUGGAUUCGGCCUCUGACAAUGGGUACCUACCCUCCGCCCAAAGCAUGUGCGUCUCUCGUACCAUACAAGGACAACCUGCUACUUUUCGGGGGUUGGACACACACAUCCCCAUACCCAUUACAUCAGGCGUGGCGCAUCUUCCGCCACCUGCACGUGUACAACUGCAGUGCCAACCGGUGGACCCAGGUGAGCACGGUUGGGGGCUGCCCAUCCAUGGCAGGUCACUCAGCCACCAUGCAAGGCCACCUCAUGGUGGUCUUUGGUGGUCUGCACUGUGCCAACCCUGUUGGGCCUUUCUCCAGUUCGAACGACAUAUGGGUCCUGGACCUUCAGAGUUACGUGUGGAGUAAGCAGAGCACAACUACACCAAAGCCAUGGCCUCGUUAUGGCCAUUCACAAAUUACCUUGGAGAAAAAUCACAUUCUAGUGGUUGGAGGCUGCGGGGGUCCUAACAUGCUUUUAAACGAUGUGUGGCUGUUGGAAAUUUUCGACGACCCCGAAAAGCCAUGGAGCUGGAAGGAAGUCCAGGUGACAAACAAGGAACAUGCAGCGCCACAGCUUUCAUUUCAUCCUGCUUGCAAGGUCGGUGACCGGGUAGUUGUGCUGAGCAAAUCGCAGCGAGCAUAUGCCUCACCCUCUGGGUUGCAUCCAGCUGGAUUGAUGAGAGUACGCCAAACUCAGCGAGUGUGGGUGCCUCCGAUUGAACAACCAAACAGGCCUCCACCAUGUGAUAAUCAGCGGGAUGCAUGUGUCAACGGAACCAGAGGUGUUCUGAAGAGGCCUCUCGAGUCGCCGCCUUCAACAUCUUCCUCCACGUCUACCUCAACUACACUUGGCCAACCCUCCACAUCGCAGCAGAGCCCGCCAGAUUUUGCUCUUCCUGGCUCAUCUACAGCCAGCAGUUCAAGCUGCGAUGAAGAAGACGAAACGAGUGAUGACGUGGUGCGGAAGAUGUCCUCAAAGAAGACGGCCAUGUCCACAGUUGGCAGCGCUCGCCCAUCAGUACGCCCCAACGCACGGCACAAUCGACAGAGGCAGCUGGAGUCACUUGACCGAAUGGAGCAGAGGCUCAAGGCCCUCAGAGCUGGAGGGGCAUCGUCUGCACCCGUGCGGAGGCGGCCGUCCUUGCCCGUGUGCCCCAUGCGGCUCUACGUACUAGAUGUCAGUCAGGUGGCCCAGGCAGGCAAGGCAUCAUGGUUGCCACUGCUGCCGCAGGCAGCUGCAACCAGCUCUUCUUCCGCGGUCGAAGAAGUGAUUCUGUACUCUCUGGUGCUGGGACGUGGGGAGCUGAUCCUCUUUGGCGGCAUCCAGAAAGACCUCGCCAGCAAGCAGGAGGACACCGACGGCACUUCUGAGGUCGUCUCGAGCUCCCUGCACUUCAUCACAUCCAAGAGGGACGUCAUAUGAGUGUUUCACACGCCCCUCCUCUUGCCGAUGUGGCUCAAACGUUGCUAGUUUCGUUGUUUCGCUUGCACAAGCCGUAUUGUUGCUGAACGUUACCGACAUGUUCCUCCUUGUCCCGGCCGUCAGCCAAAAAAAGCAGUCCACUGCAUGCAUUCAGUUUUCCGUUUCCUGGAAUGCUAGCAAUGCUCCGCAUUUCGGAGAGCAGAUGUGAUGUCUUUUCUUUUUAAAUCGUUUCAUGUGCAUUGUAGAUAAAGGUAAUGAAAUACAGCGUCGAGCCUUUAUUGGGCUCGCUGUGGAGCCCCGCUUGUUGCGUCGAGUCAGAAUGGAAGCAACCAUUGCGAAGACACUGCCGCACGCAUGCCAAUAAACUUCUUGUGCAGAGCUCUCAGGCAGGGUGUAGCCAGGGGGUGGCACACUGGGCUUGUGCCCCCCUCCCCGAAAUUUUUUUCCCAUAGCAUAGAGAGAGAAAAAUGGCCAUUUUCUGGAAGUGCCCCUCCCAAAAUCAAGGUCGUGCCCCUCCCAAAAUCAAGGUCGUGCCC